AUGGCGUCCUUUCGCUCCCUCCUCACCUUGCUACUCGCGCACCUGUCCCUCCUGACCUUCGUCCAUGCCGUACCCACUCCUCAAGGACUCGAUCUGGCUGCGCACGUCGCCGUAGCCUCGUCCGACUACUGGGUCGCCAACAUCAAGCGUCAAGGGACUGUCGCAUUUGGCAACAACACCGACUACAAGGUCUACCGCAAUGUCAAAGACUACGGAGCUACUGGCGAUGGCUCCACCGAUGACACCGCCGCCAUCAACAAGGCCAUCGCGGACGGAAACCGUUGUGGACAAGGCUGUGACUCGUCCACUGUAACUCCCGCCCUGGUCUACUUCCCUGCCGGCACCUACGUCGUCUCCAAGCCCAUUAUCCAGUACUACUACACCCAGAUGGUGGGCGAUGCCCUGGACCUGCCCGUCAUCAAAGCCGCCGCGGGCUUCACGGGCAUGGCCGUCAUCGACGCCGACCCCUACACCGACGACGGCUCCAACUGGUACACCAACCAGAACAACUUCUUCCGCGCCAUUCGCAACUUCGUCAUCGACCUGACCGCCAUGCCCCAGGGCUCCGGCGCUGGCAUUCACUGGCAGGUCGGCCAGGCCACCAGCUUGCAGAACAUCCGCUUCGAGAUGAUCAAAGGGGGCGGUGAUGCCAACAAGCAACAGGGUAUCUUCAUGGACAACGGCUCCGGUGGCUUCAUGAGCGACCUGACCUUCAACGGUGGCAACUACGGCAUGUUCUUGGGCAACCAGCAGUUCACCACCCGGAACCUGACCUUCAACGACUGCAACACCGCCAUCUUCAUGAACUGGAACUGGGCCUGGACCUUCAAGUCGCUCAACAUCAACAACUGCAACGUCGGUCUGAACAUGUCCAACUCGCCCCAGAACCAGACCGUGGGCUCCGUCCUCAUUCUCGACAGCCAACUGACCAACACCCCUACCGGUGUCGUGACCGCCUUCACCCAGAACAGCAUUCCUACCGGCGGUGGUGCUUUGAUUCUGGACAACGUCGAUUUCAGUGGUUCCAAGGCCGCCGUUGCAGGGAUCGACGGAAACACCAUCCUCGCUGGCGGUUCUGUCGUCAAGAAUUGGGUCCAGGGUAACACCUACCGCCCCGGCAACUCCGUCCAGAAGCGGGCUAUGCGUCCCUCUGUCGAAGUGGUGACGGAGACGGUCGUGGAGACCGUCUCCGUGUGUCCCGCCGGCCAGACCGAGCCCGCCAGCACCGUGGUGCCGACCUCGACCGCGGAAUCCACCCAGCAAACAGACCGCAUUGUCUUCCCUACCCCGGCGGGAUCGCUCUCGCAGCCCGGCUUCGAUUUCCCCGGGACCCAGUCGAACGAGCCCAGCAAGCCCACUGCAGCGGUGCCCACGACCUCCGCGCCGGAGGUGGUCACCAAGCCCUCGACCACGAUCAAGCCCACCUCUACGGCUGAAACCAAGGGCCCGGCGGAGACCACCGUCCCCGCCCAUCCUUCCCACACCAAACCGACCUCCACCGCUACGGCCGUGCACGGGAGCGGCCAGUGCGCCAGCAAGACCGUCACCAAGACCCGCCUGCAGACGGUCGUGCCCGGUGGCGACAAGCCCAAGGCUUUGCUCACCGGUGGAGACAAGAUCUUCGAGCGCUCCAAGCCUCUGUACGAACAAUAUGCGGCGUCCGCCUUUGUCAGUGUCAAGUCUGCAGGAGCCAAGGGAGACGGUGUGACCGACGACACCGCCGUCAUUCAGAAGGUCCUCAACAGUGCAAAGGAUGGACAGAUUGUCUACUUCGAUCACGGCGCCUACAUCAUCACGGACACCGUCAAGGUGCCCAAGAAUAUCAAAAUCACCGGUGAGAUUUGGCCCCUCCUCAUGGCGUACGGCAAGAAGUUCGCCGACGAGCAGAACCCCAUCCCCAUGCUCCAGGUCGGUGAGCCCGGUGACCAGGGCUCUGUGGAGAUCAGCGACCUGGUCAUCGAGACCAAGGGUCCCGCGCCCGGCGCCAUCCUGAUGGAGUGGAACGUGGCGGGGGCGGAGCAGGGAUCAGUGGCCAUGUGGGAUACCCACUUCCGCAUCGGUGGCUCUGCAGGCACCGAGUUGCAGAGCGACAAGUGUUCCAAGACUCCGAAGCAGACGACCACGCCCAAUUCGGAGUGCAUUGCCGCGUUCAUGCUGCUGCACGUCACCGAAAAGUCGGACGCCUACAUUGAGAACGCCUGGUUCUGGACGGCGGAUCACGACCUCGACCUCCCCGACCACAACCAGAUCAACGUCUACAACGGCCGCGGUGUGUACAUCGAGAGCCAAGGGCCCGUAUGGCUGUACGGAACGGCCUCGGAGCACAACCAGCUGUACAACUACCAGGUCUCGAACGCCCGCAAUGUCUUCAUGGGUCUGAUCCAAUCUGAGACGCCGUACUACCAAGCCAACCCCAACGCUCUGGUGCCAUUCACGCCGCAAACCAAGUGGAACGAUCCCGACUUUGCGUCCUGCACGACCGAUGCCUGCCGCAAGGGCUGGGCGCUGCGGGUCAUGAACACGACGGAUCUGUGGGUGUACGGCGCAGGUCUGUACAGCUUCUUCGAGAACUACGGCCAGACCUGUCUGAACUCGGAGUCGUGCCAGGAGAAUAUUGUCGAGGUGGACUGCUCGGACGUGCACAUUUACGGACUGAGCACCAAGGCCAGCGUCAACAUGGUUACCUCGUCCAACGGACAGGGACUGGUACCAGAAGACGAAAACACGAGUAACUUCUGUUCGACCAUUGCACUGUUCGAGCAGAGCUGA